AACAGUUCGAGUGUAAAAUCCGAACAGUACAGAUCGUUCCCGGGGUAAAAACUCGUCCGCGCCGCGCGACAUUCGCGUUCCAAACGGUUCAAUGCGCUUCCGCUGAGCGCUCUGGUGAUUGGUUUGUUGUGUGAAAAUACAGAUUUCUAGUGUAAAAGUCUGCAAAACAACGCAGAUCGCGGUUUCGGGGCAGCUGUGUUCUGCUUGAAACACUAUUUGGGAUUGUUUUCCUAUAAGAUAUCCCCCCGCAACAGUGGACUGUCAGUAGGGGACGCCGAAGGCGGAGGCUCCACCCGCUAGAAGCAGGACUUACCCCGGCCUCGUAGGAGCUGGAAUCAGAGCAUCAACCAUGCAACCAAUAGCCAACAUAAUUGGCUCGAAUGUCUACUACGAUGGCAGCCGGCUCUUCACCUGGCUCGCAGAUCUAUGUGGAUUAUCGGUCGAUUUGGUCAACUUCCUCAUCACACAGUUUCUGGCGCUGAUCCUUGCGUCAGUGUUCCGUUCCUAUCUGCACCCCUCGAAGGUGACGGCCAGCACCCGGCAUGCCAUCGGACUGGUCAUCGGACUGUUUUUCGGCUACUUUUGCUUCGGCCAGCAGGCCAUACACAUCGCGGGACUUCCAGCCGUUUGCUAUGUCGUCAUUCGCACACAAAAUCCGCAGAUCGUGCAACGAAUCGUCAUGGUCGUCGCCCUGGCGUACCUAUCGUGCAUCCAUCUGCACCGGCAGUACUAUGAUUACGGUUCGUACUCGCUGGACAUUACCGGUCCGUUGAUGAUCAUCACCCAGAAGGUGACCAGCCUGGCGUUCAGCAUCCACGAUGGUUUCACGCGCGAGAUGAAAGAUCUCACCCACAGCCAACAGGAGCACGCGAUCAAGAAACUUCCCUCGGCACUCGAGUUCUUCUCGUAUACGCUGCACUUCCAGGGUCUGUUGGCGGGCCCGUUGGUCUUCUAUAAGGACUACAUCGACUUCAUCGAGGGCUAUAAUAUCCUCAAGCAGACGGCAGUUUCCAAUGGAAAGUACGACGGCGAAAAGAAGAUUGUCCACGAACCAUCGCCAGUGAAAGUGGUCGUAAAGAAGGUUAUUGCCAGUUUAGUAUGCGCGCUGGUCUUUAUAAAAUUCGCCACUAUAUACCCGAUCAAGGCUAUGAAAGAGGACGGCUUUAUGGCAGCCUCUGGCUGUUUCUAUUCGUUCUGGUACAUGAUGAUGGCCACGACGGCCGUCCGUUUCAAGUACUACUUCGCCUGGCUGAUGGCCGACGCCAUCUGUAACAAUUCCGGUCUCGGAUUCAACGGUUACGAAAAGGAUGGCGUGACUCCCCGCUGGGACAUGGUGUCCAACAUUGACGUUUGGGCGUUCGAGUUCGGCACCAACUUCCGCAACAGUAUCAACGCCUGGAAUACUGGCACGAACCGGUGGCUACGAAUGCUGGUGUUCGAACGUGUUCCGAAGCGCUACGGCACGGUGCUAACAUUCAGCCUGAGUGCCCUAUGGCAUGGAUUCUAUCCCGGAUACUACAUGACAUUCGCUACGGGAGCGUUCAUUGUGAUGGCGGCUCGAGUCGCACGGAAGCUGUUCCGAGAGCACUUCCAGGACACGGCAUUUAAACGGAUAUCUUACGACAUUCUGACCUGUCUCGUAACGCGUGUUUUCAUGGGAUACGCCACGUUUCCAUUCGUUUUGCUCGAGUUUAAGGCUGGUCUUCGUAUGUACCUGAAUGUUUUUAUGUGCCUUCAUCUAGUCUGUUUGAUCACUGUAUUUAUUUUAACGAAAUUUGUACCACGCGGUGAGCGGAAACGUUCGUCCGUCGCCACCGCCGUCAUCACUACUUCCGGUGCUGUCGCAUCGAAUGAUGGGGCAACCGAUUCCACCUGCCAACAGUCGAAAAGCUUUGGCAACACCACCGGCGAUCAGAACGGUUGGCAGAAACAUACCGCCUCUACGGAUAGAAACGGAACCACCGCCAAUGGUAGUGCCACAGCAGCCGCCGUCACUGUCAACGGCCACCACUUGGAAACGAACGAACAACAACAAACUGCAGCAACUAGUAAGACUGAGAGGGAAAGUGAUAAUCUAUCAAAUCUAAUCAAGGAAAAGUUCGAACAAGAAACGCGCAACAUCGAAGAGCUGAUCGAUAAAACCGUUACCGGCAUCGUCGAGUUGAAGGACGACCUGAUGCGUAUGAACGAGAAUAACGAGAUCUUUAUCUCGGCGGAAUCGCUUCGCAAACGUCAGCAGACCAAGGUUGAGAAUCACAGCGGUUCCGACCACGGAGUCGGUGGAGGCGUCGAUGCCUUCCUCAAGAAGGAAAUCGACGCACUCAACGCAGCCGUACAGCAGGUAAACGUUUUACCGGCUGUUCUUAGUAAUGGCCAUGCCAAAUAAUAUUCUUCCAGCCAUCGGCACCACCAAGUCGAGUUGGAUAUUGUAUAAGGUUUUUUGGGACAUCGGACGCACAUACAAAGCAACUCCGGGUUCGCUCGCGGUGAUUCCCUGAACGCGCCCGGACGUAACCGAUCCCUAAUAUAUUUUCGAGUGGAGGUAAUUUUUCCUCUCUUCCUUUUUAUUACAAAAAUUUAACAUUGCUAAACACACACACACAUACACACAGAAGAGAUACACAUACAAACCUAAUUCAAGUGAGUAAAUCGAUAAGUGUGCGGAUUUCCAUAAGAUUAUAAUGAUAAUGGUAACUAGAUAUUUCCAAAUGAACAACAAAACGUUAUGAAAGCUAAUGAAACAAACUAUUUGAAAAACAAAACAGAAACUAAAAAGCACACGCUCGAGGGACGUAGGAAGUGGGAGAAAAGAUACCAAAAGGAUUUUAUUUGAUAACGAGCAGACGAUUAUAUAAUGAAGAAAAAUUAGCGAUACUUUACCACAAAACUAAAACUCACUCACAAAAAAAAAUGAAACAAGAACACACAAACUACUGUAAGAGAGAUAAAGGAAAAAAAAAGAAUAAAAUUGUUGCGUGACAUACGAGUAGUCGCCAUA